AUGUUGCAUGCCUUAUAUACAUGCCUCACUGGUCUACUGUGCGUGGGCUCCACGUUGGCUCAAACUACCUUCGGCACGUCUCAGAAACAAGUCUGGAUUCCACCAGCUACAGAGUACACACUUUACGAUUACUCUGGCAGCGGUGUCCUGACAUCGAUGUGGUUCGGCGGAAGUUGGACAGAUUGGGAUCAAACUCUGAUCAAUGUCUAUGUCGAUGGAGAAAGCAGCCCUAGUAUCUCCUUUGAACUAUAUCUCGGGCACGGCAUUGGUUUCGGUGACGAGACUGCCCCCUGGGGAACAGCUCGCAUCGGUCUAACGAGUACACCUUCGGGCAUAUACAACACGUAUCGAAUUCCUUUUGGGUCCCAAAUCGUGGUUACGGUGCAAAUGCCGUCCUCGGUGACAUCGAACCAAGCCUUCUGGUGGAUCCUUCGAGGGGAAACAGACUAUCCCAUUACGUUUAACGGAUAUACACUGCCAUCCACAGCCCGCUUACAACUUCAGAAACAAAACAACCUUCUCGUUCAACCACUCGAUCUCUUCACGAUGGCAGAAGUCAGCGGCAAAGGAAUGCUCUAUCAGGUGACAAUGGCCGCCAAUAGCAGCAGCUUCAGUUUCUUAGAAGGCCAGUUCCGCGCGUACAUUGAUGGUGCAACAACCCCGAUGUAUCUCUCGUCCGGCACGGAAGAUUACUUCCUUGGAUCUUACUAUUUCAAUGACGGGAUGUACCAUCUCCCGGUCGCGGGUUGCACGCACUACGUUGAUAAUGAAGCGUUUUCGGGUUACCGAUUCCAUGAGGAAGACCCGGUAUUUUUCAGCACGGGCCUGACACUACAAGGUCGCUGCGGGGAAGAAGCGGACGAUUAUGUGUUUGGGCCUUCACCUCCUGACGCCACUACCUUCACCACUUAUGUCUGGAUAUACACUUGGUAG